GGAAAUAAACAGCUAGCAGUAGUUGGCUAAAGCGAAUGCUGCUGUUACAGACAUGUAAUGUAACGCAACCUGAGACUAUCGCGAUGAUAUAAAGUGUCUUUUCUGACUUUAAAUCAUCUUCUGAAGCUUGCUCACUUGGCCCCAGCUGCUGCCUAAAGCACAUAAACACACUGAAAAACAUGACGGAGCCACGCAACCCAGGAAUGUCCUCUAUGCCUCAGACAGCCCCAGUGCACACUGACUCCACCUCUCCGGCUGUAGAGAUGGACCCGGUGGAGUACACCCUGAGGAAGCGCCUCCCCCGGAAACUCCCGAAGAGACGGAAUGACGUCUACGUCAACAUGAAGACGGAUUUCCGCGCUCAGCUGGCACGCUGUCAGAAGCUGCUGGACGGUGGGGGUCACAGGGAGAUCUGUGUCCACGGCCUGGGCCUGGCCAUCAACAGGGCUAUCAACAUUGCCCUUCAACUGCAGGCCAGCAGCCAGGGGGCGCUGCAACUGGCAGCCAACACCUCCACGGUGGAGCUCGUGGACGACCUGGAGCCUGAGGAUCCCGAUGAGGCCGGGGAGCCAAUGACGCGCACACGCAACAACUCGGCCAUUCAUAUCAAGGUUUUCUACCCUGACCCUCAGUGAGCUGAAUAGAGGCGUGUCAGGCAUGAGUUUUCAAGUUGUAGUGUGUGGACCUAUGAGAACAGCAGUAGAGGACUGCAGAAUGGACAAUGUGUUGGCUGAAUGUAAUUCAUUAAACUGCGUUGGAAUACUCCAAUUGGGACGACCUGAAUUGACUAAAUAUAUUGAGCUUGUUUGUUUGCGUUUUCUCAAUUGUAAAUUGUUGCUGUUGUACCUUUUUUACUUUGCAUGUUUUGAAGCAGCAGAGGUGUUUGCCAGCUGAAACCUCUGUGUAAUGUAUGUACUUGUAGCCAUGGCUGUGCCAAAUGUGAAUGUACAAGUGUCUUUCAUUCUAAGGCCCGACUAAGGGACUGUUGAAGUGUUUACAGUUUCAUAUGUGCAUGUUGUAAAAUAUACAAAUAUGAAGGUUUUAUUUCAUACAAGUGUUGUUGCAGUAAAUGUCCACUAGAUGUCAGCAGUCUAAAUCUAUUUAAAUUUUGUUUCGGAACGUUGAGCUGGUGGUGUUCAUGUUUAAAAUAUGUAAUGGACAGUUUUUAUGCAGACAGUGUAUUUGAUUGUUGACAAACAAUAAAUUUUAACUCUCCCCUC